UAUCCUAUUCCUUUCUCCCCCAACCCACCCAUUUACUCUUCUCCACCCCUUCAUGCUCCUCCCUCCUCCGCCAUGCCCCUCCUCCUCCUCCUCCUCCUCUCCCUCCUCCCCAUCCCCAUCUCCCUCUCCCAGCCCAAAGGUACUUUCAUUGACUGCGGCGCCGCCGUCGAAUCCGAAAUCGACGGCCGCCAAUGGCUCCCGGACUCCGGCUUCCUCUCCGGCGCCGGCACUUCGAAAACACUAAACAUUUCCGGCCAGGUCCCCAUCCUCUCCACCGUCCGGUCAUUCCUGAACGUUCCCGGCCGGAAGUACUGCUACAACGUCCAGGUCUACCGCGGUGCCAGGUACAUGGUCCGGACGACCUACUUCUACGGCGGGAUCAACGGCCCGAGCUCGCCGCCGGUUUUUGAUCAGAUCAUCGACGGCACGCUUUGGGCUGUCGUCAACACGACCGAGGACUACGCCAACGGCAUGUCGUCUUAUUACGAGGGGGUGUUCCUGGCGCAGAGUAAGAUCAUGAGCGUCUGCGUCGGGUCGAAUGCGUAUACGGAAUCCGACCCGUUUAUCUCGGCCCUGGAGUUCGUGAUCCUCCACGACUCGCUUUACAACUCUACCGAUUUCAAGUCAAAUGGACUCAGCUUGGUCGCUAGGCAUGGAUUUGGGUACAAUGGACCCAUCAUUAGAUACCCGGAUGAUCAGUUUGAUCGAUUCUGGGAGCCCUUUGGAGAAACUAAGCUCAAUGACACAAGUGAUGCAAAUGUGUCUGUUUCGGGGUUGUGGAACUUGCCUCCUGUGAAGGUUUUUGAGAGUGAGCUGACGACUAAUCUGUCGCAGGCGAUUGAGCUGAAGUGGCCUCCAAAGGAGGUUGAGGAUGCAGACUACUACAUUGCGCUGUACUUUGCAGAUUCCAGGGGUAGAGUUUUUGAUGUGAUGGUAAAUGGUGUGGUGUAUUACAAGGAUUUGAAUGUGACAGAAGCAGGCCUUGUGAUUUAUGCCACCAAGUGGCCUCUUGGUGGUAGGACUAAUGUUACUUUGAGCCCUUCUUUGGGGUCAGUGCUUGGCCCUUUGAUUAAUGCUGGUGAGGCUUUUCAGGUGUUGCCGCUUGGAGGAAGAACUCUUACUCGAGAUGUUAUUGCUUUGGAAAAAAUAAAAGAGAGUCUUGAGAAUCCACCGCCUAAUUGGAAUGGUGAUCCUUGUCUUCCCCGUCAGUACACUUGGACCGGCAUUACCUGCUCUGGAGUUCGUGUGAUCUCCUUAAAUCUAACAAAUAUGGGCCUUUCUGGUUCGUUGCCACCGAAUAUUGCCAAUAUGACUGCAUUGUCUGACAUUUGGCUUGGGAAUAACAACUUGUCAGGACCUAUUCCUGAUCUCAGUUCAUUGAAGAUACUGGAAACUCUGCACUUGGAAGACAAUCAAUUCAGUGGAGUUAUUCCCUCAUCGCUUGGGAACAUUGAUAGCUUGCGUGAACUCUUUUUACAGAACAAUAAUCUGACUGGUCAAGUUCCUAGCAACCUUACUGGAAAGUCUGGAUUGAAUCUAAGGACUUCUCCCGGAAAUUCUUUUUCAGCACCCCCACCUUCUUGAACAGCUAGUUUGUGCCGGCAUUUUUCUUGGAGAACUUGCACCAAACCUUUAAGCAUAUUUCUGCGUAAAGUGCUUGCACAGGAUUAAGUUGGAAUUCACCCUUGUAAGCUCCUUAAUUGUAGAGUCCAAUCCUUUUCCCCCCUUUUUGUUCCUCUUUAGUUUACAUAGGAAUCAGGUCUUGAAUGAAAUGCGAGCAACUACAGUUUGUCAUUGAUUGUUCAUGUUAUGUACACAGUAAGUGAGUUGCAUCUAUUCGUUGAUUUGUUGUUGGCGUAGGUGGUUGAUACUCUUAGUUUGUGCAUCACUUUUCUUGUCCAUAUUACAAAAGUAUAUAUACAAUUUUAUUCAAAUGUA